CCCCACCCCACACCCCAUCCACACCCACACCCACACCGACACCCACACCCACACCUCACCCACACCCAGCCACACCCACACCCACACCCGGCUAGCCCUAGAGACAAGCUUUCAAACCAAAAAAAAAUUGUAUAUGUAAUGAAGGGCCAUGGAGAUUUUUUGGGGCUAAGAUGACCUAUUUUUUGACCCUUGUUUGGUUCAUAUCUCCGUCAAACGUCAGUAAAUCGAGCAGAAAAUUGGGUGUUGUUGGAAAACGUCGAAAAGAAAAAUGUCGAAAAGGAAAACGUCGAAAAAAAGAUAAAGAAAACUUCCAUAUAUGGAUAUUUUCUUUAUCUUUUUUUCGACGUUUUCCUUUUCGACAUUUUCCUUUUCGACGUUUUCCACCAAGAACGAAAAUUUUACCAUAGCCUCCUCACUUCAGUCGCAACAUAUGCUCCAAAUUUCAGCCCAUUUGAACGUAAAUGCGAUGAGAUCGGUUUUUGAGGGGGCCUUAAACGAAUUCAUUUCUAAGUGUCUGCAUAUUAUUUUUAUUCUUAUGUUAUAUUGUUGUUUUUUCUUAUCAUCUACUUCAUGUCGAUAUAUCGAACAGCAACCUUUCAUUUGAAUAUAUAUAUAUUGUCAUUUUUCUUCUUCUUUAUAGAGUAUGUCUCUAAAUGGACAAAUAAUAAUAUCGUUGCAUCUUGUUGAUUUCUUUUUCUAAAUUACUAGUCUGAAGGGGAAAAUGUAACGGUAUACAACAAAAAAAAAGAAGGGAUUGUUUUGUAUCGACUGACAAUUCUCUCAUUGAUGUUUUAGUAUGAAGGAAGUCAAUAUAGAGAAUUGAUCUAAAGUGUUUUUUUGAACAUUAAUUAUACAAUCAUUUGCUUCAUUUUAGUUUCAAUAUAUUAAAAAUUAUUCAAACGAAUAACAACAACAAAAUGUAUAUAAAUUUUUAUUUCUUUCAAAUUCUUUCUUUUUUUCUUGUCUGUAUGUUUCAAUUUUUGUGUGCAUAUACAUACAUCAUUUCUUUUGUUGUUUUGAUUUAUUUAUCAAGAGAAAAGACGAGAGAAAGAGAGAAAAAAAAAAGGAAAAAUGAAUGAAGUAAGAUGUUCGUGAUUGUCAAGGUUGGUUUAUAUUUAUUUUCUUUGAGGUUUUGAAUAAUCAUGAUCAUAAUAUUAAAUUAAUAAAACAAACAGAUAGAAUAACUGGAUCGAAGAAAAACUUAUUACCAAUCAACAUUCAUCAUCACAAGAAGUAUAAAAAUUUAUUUAUUAAGAAAUAGAAAAUUAUUAUUAUUAUUAUUAUUCUUACAUAAUAGAUUAUAAAUGAAUAUCAUGAAGAAUUAAGAAUAAAUUUUAAAAAAAAUACAAAUAGAAUGGAAAAUAUUAUUCAACAAAAUCCAAUUUUAUCUCAAUCGAAUCAAGAUUCACGAUUAAAUCGUUCAUUAGAAACAAGUCAAGUUGUUGCGGUUGCUGCAUCUAUUAAUUUAAAAAAUCUUCUUUCUUAUCAAGAUGUUAUGAAUGCAAUUGAACGUGAUUAUCAUUUACAUGAAGGACAAGAACGUGAAAUAAUUAUGAAAUUAUGGUUAAAAGGACAAACAAUGAUU